AUGCCCCGCAUUCGAAAUUUCGACCACUUUAACGAGUUCAUUAUUAUCGCUCACCCUCUUACCAUUCACCUCAGCGUCUGCUUUGACGUUCAGCUGUUUGAUCAACAAUCACGCACCAAACACAGUGAUGGCGGCGUGAGUCAUGUGUUUGUGAAUCUGGGGUCCGACCAUCCUUCCAUUCUUGAAGCUAUGCUGAAGGGACAAAGGGAGAAGAAAGAUCAGUUUCCUAAGAUUAUCACCUGUCCAAAUGAGAUGGUGGCACUUUCGAUGGCUGAUGGAUAUGCUCGCCUUACUGGCGAGCCCCAAGCUGUCAUCGUCCAUGUGGAUGUGGGAACCCAAGGAUUAGGUGCCGCAGUUCACAAUGCGUCCUGCGGCCGAGCACCCGUUCUAAUUUUCGCUGGUCUUUCUCCUUACACGAUUGAGGGAGAGGUGAGGGGAUCCCGAACUGAAUAUAUCCACUGGAUUCAGGAUGUGCCAGACCAAAAGCAAAUCGUCUCACAAUACUGCCGCUACACCGGAGAAUUCAAAUCUGGGAAGAAUGUCAAACAGAUCGUCAAUAGGGCACUUCAAUGGGCCACUAGUGACCCAAAGGGCCCUGUCUAUCUCGUUGGAGCCCGGGAAGUGAUGGAGGAAGAGAUCGAGCCAUAUAAAUUGAAUCAGAAGGUGUGGGGUCCGGUCUCCCCCGCUGCUCUCCCGGCAGUCGGUAUUGAACUCAUAACUUCUGAGCUUGCAACUGCCAAAAGUCCAUUGGUGAUAGUUGGAUACACUGGCCGGAAAGCCCAAGCUGUGGAUGAAUUAGUCACACUGGCCAAUAGCUUCAAGGGAAUUCGAGUGCUAGACACGGGAGGAAGCGACAUGUGCUUCCCUGCUUCCCACGCGGCUUGGUUGGGAUUGCGGUAUCCAGGACAUGAAGCUGUGCAGACAGCUGAUCUCAUUCUCGUCAUUGAUUGUGAUGUCCCAUGGGUGCCAACUCAGUUCAAACCCUCCAUCUCGGCAAAGAUAAUUCAUAUUGAUGUCGACCCUCUUAAACAGCAAAUCCCAGUUUUUUACAUCAAUUCCAUGGCCACAUUCCGUGCGGACUCGAAGACUGCGCUGAAGCAGCUAAACGACUAUAUUACGCAAAAUGGCCCCCUGCAAGAAUUCGUUGGCUCCAAUGUCAAUAUAGCCAUGGGAAAACGACGCGAUGAACAAUACUCGAAGCGAAGGCAAGAGAUCACCGACCUAGCUGCCUUGCCGGAAGGUGGCGACGAUGCCCCACUCAACAUUUCUUACCUCAUGGCGCAAGUUCGUGAGGGCUGCCCUUGUGACACCAUUUGGGCCAUUGAGUCAGUUACGCUCACUCACCCUGUAUCGGAUCAGAUCGCUGCAACACUUCCAAACUCUUGGAUCAACUGUGGCGGGGGUGGGCUGGGAUGGUCUGGUGGUGGAGCGCUUGGAAUAAAGCUGGCUUCUGACGUGAAGAAUGGAGGCCCUGGUAAGGGUAAAUUUGUGGUACAGGUUGUAGGUGAUGGUACAUUCUUAUUCUCGAUACCCGGCUCGGUUUACUGGAUAUCACGUCGCUACAAAAUUCCCGUUUUGACAAUCGUGUUGAACAACAAGGGAUGGAAUGCGCCCCGACGCAGCAUGUUGCUCGUUCACCCAAAUGGUGAAGGAUCUCGAGCUACAAAUGAGGACUUGAACAUCUCGUUUGCACCCACACCUGACUAUGCUGGAAUUGCCAAGGCUGCAGCUGGUGGAAAUUUAUGGGCUGGCCGGGCAUCGAACGUAGCUGAAUUGGCUCGAAGACUACCCGUGGCAAUCCAAAGCGUCAUCGAUGGAACAAGUGCGGUGUUGGAAGCACAGCUGGAUGGGACUGUGGGGAAAUAUGUUGAAGUCUGA